CAUUGCUAAUUCAAUUUACCAAGAAACAUGGCUCCCAUCAAGUCCAUCGAAUACUUUCGCGUCAAGCCGCGAUGGCUAUUCGUCAAGGUGACAGACAGUGAAGAUAAGUUUGGAUGGGGUGAAGCUACGCUUGAGGGGCAUACGCAGGCUGUGGAGGGUGCGUUGGAUGAGAUUAUUGGGAGGAUUGUUGGUUAUGAGGCCGAUGACAUCGAGCACGUCUGGCAGACAAUUUGGAGACUUGGCUUCUAUCGCGGCGGUCCGGUUUUCAUGUCCGCCCUGUCGGGCAUUGAUAUCGCGUUGUGGGAUUUGAAAGGUCGGAGGUUGAACGUACCCGUCUACCAGCUUCUCGGCGGCAAGGUACGCAACAAGGUUCAAGUUUAUGCUUGGAUUGGAGGUGACCGGCCAAGUGAUGUUGAAGUAGCUGCCAAGGCCCGUAUCGCGCAGGGCCUCAAGUGCGUUAAGAUGAAUGCUACAGAGGAUAUGAACUGGCUGGACUCGCCAUCUGUACUAGACUCUUGCAUUGAGCGCAUCAAACAGGUCAAGGCCCUUGGUCUUGAUGCUGGCCUUGAUUUCCACGGCCGUUUACAUCGCCCCAUGGCAAAGCAGCUCGCCAAAGCACUUGAACCCUACCGUCCUUUGUUUAUCGAGGAGCCUUUGCUCGUUGAACACCCCGAAGCUAUCAAGCAGCUUUCUCAACACACAACUAUUCCAAUCGCAUUUGGUGAACGUUUAUAUACUAGAUGGGAUGUUAAGCGGUUCCUCGAAGAUGCGUCGGUCGAUGUGCUGCAGCCGGAUAUCGCGCAUGCUGGUGGAAUUUCAGAAACAAAGCGCAUUGCGACGAUGGCGGAGACGUAUGACGUGGCGAUUGCGCCGCACUGUCCCCUCGGUCCAAUUGCCCUUGCAGCUUCAAUGCAAGUUGCUCUUUCAACCCCGAACUUCGUCAUCCAAGAGAUGUCGCUUGGAAUGCAUUAUAAUGUUGAAGCCGGAGAUAUUGAUCUCACAAGCUACCUGACGAAUCCAACAGUGUUCAACAUCGAGGAGGGGUAUGUGCCAGCGCCCACAGGAGCGGGGCUGGGGGUGGAGAUUGAUGAGGAGUUGGUGAGAAAAAUCAGUCGGGAAACGGAGCCAUGGCUACCGAAGGAAUUCUAUGGCGUCGAUGGGGGAAUCCGAGAGUGGUAGAUAGCUCAGACUUGUAGGCCAGGAUGUGGGGGUGAUUGCGGAGGUGAUCUGCAUCGUGACAUCUUUAUAUGCGGGGAGCGUGGGGGUGCCUCGGAUAUCUGUCCGAAUACAUAUACCAGCUACAGCUCAUAGUAGUACUAGUAACAUAGUCUUCGCAAGCCAUACGCAAAUACAUUGACUCAA